CCACAGAUUGAAAUUUCCCUUUUGCCCGUUGGUUGGCGAAGACACAGGUUUGGCACGUCUCCACCAGUGAUUGAGUCAUAUUGUUUCCGCAUUGAAUAAAGGCAAGAUAGGAGGUUAUAAUUCUCAAUAGAUCGCCGGAGCGCAGAGGAAUAAACGUGAUCAUCAAAGAAUUGAGUUAAAGUUGUUAAUUGCUGUUCAUUAAAAAUGGAUGAAACAAAGCAAGAUAUUGGCAAUAUGCAAGCACCACCACCAUACAGUCAGGAACAAGGAUAUCAGCAGGGCUAUUCACAACCAGGAUAUGGGCAACCUUCGCAGGGGUAUGGGCAACCUUCGCAAGGGUAUGGGCAACAGCCUUCACAAUACCCAACAAGCCAAGCACCAGGGUAUCCUCCAACCAGCUACCCUCCAACCAGCUACCCAGCAACAAGUUAUCCAGGAGGGCAAGUUCCAUACAAUUAUCCACAGGGUUACCAGCCUGCUUCUACUCAAAUGGCCUCUAGUUACCAGACAACUGUUGUUGUUUCUCAACCUGGUAUGGCUACAGGGGCUCCGCAAGUGAUGGUUGCCCCACCAAACCACAUGGCAUUGUCUAUAAUUACUUGCCUGUUUUGCUUUUGGCCUGUCAGUCUUUUUGCAAUCAUCAAGUCAAAUGAGGUUGAUAAUGCCACGAGCCGUGGAGACAUAAUGGCUGCCCAUGCUGCAUCUGCAAGUGCCAGAAAGCUGUCUUUGAUAAGCAUCGGUAUAGGGGUGUGCACCUACAUUCUUAUUGUUGUCUUGGUCGUUAUCCAGGUUGCCGCGGUAUCAGCAGCUUCCAGUAACUACUACUAAUGUAGACUGUGCAGGGUUGCGACCAGCACGAUAUGGCUUCGCCCCUGAAUUAUCAGUGGCAAAUUAUUUUGAGUACAAAAAACUAUUUGAUUAUCAAGAUGAUCAAAAUGUAACUUGCACCCCUUUUAGAGUUCUAUGCAAUAUUGUAGCUUGAAUAUCUUGUUGUAACUGAUUAUUUCACAAGUCAUUAACUGCAUUAAAUAAUAGCAGCACAAUUAUUAUGUAAAUCUGAAAUAGGAAUGUAUGUAUCUAAUCUAAAUUAAGAAUGUAUGUAUCUCAACUCUAUAGUUUUUCGUUUGUUAUCUCAAAUUGUGCAUGAUAAAAAUACACCGCCUUUCUGGCU